AUGUCGAAAGAAACAGCGUCUAUGAGAGAAAUACAACACAACCGACAACUCAUUUUGCAAGCUCUAAAUAAGAACACAACAAACUUUUCAAACUAUUCUAAGAUAUCUGAGUCAUUGAAAGAAGGAAACUUAAAACUGACAUUAAACCCAAUGACAGACGAGUUUCUAUUUCAAGACAGUAAGAACCAUACUGUUUGUAUAAAUCCAACAAAAGGAACUUUAAACGAGAAACCUAUAGAUGAACUUCUUUUGAAAGCAGAUGUUGACAACAAAGCUGACAAAGAGUAUGUCAUUGAAAAAGUUCAAGAAGAACAUGACAGAGCAGAUGCAACAUAUGCAACAAAAGAGGAUGUUGAAAAGAAAGCUGACAAAGAGUAUGUUGACGAUGAGUUAGCAUAUCUGGCUAGUGGGUUAGUGAAGAAGGCAGAUAAGGAAUAUGUGGAUGAAAAAGACAAUGAAAUUAUAAAAAGGG